AUGUUCUCUCGUCAACUCACCGGAGUUAUCUCCAAGCCCAUCGUCUCAGGCGUGCGAACAAGUAUACCCCGCCGCCUCUACUCAAGCCCUCCAAGAUCAUCGCCACGACCACCACCCGCGCCACAAUCCCGGUCCAAUUUCCCAGUCAUCCCCAUCAUCGCCCUUCUCGCAAUUAGCUCCGGCGCCUACGUCCUCCUAGUCAAAUCCCGCACCGGCCAAGCCCCAGUCCGCAAGUCAUCCUAA